UCGAGUAGCAGUAGUUUACUGUAUAGUAAAACAAGCUUUUAAAUUCAAAAUGCAUAAAUACGCAAUCGUCGCCCUCGCCCUGUUCGCUGUGGCUCUGGCAGCGCCGCAACACCAAGACCAGCCUCCUGUGGAGAUCCUCAAGCAGGACGCCAUCGUAGGUCCCGAAGGGUACCACUUCGAGUUCGAGACGAGCGACGGCACCUCCCGCCAAGAGCAGGGCCAGCUGAAGCAGAUCAGCGAAGACCACAAGGCCAUCGAGGUGCAGGGCAGUUACAAGUACACUGCGCCCGACGGCGUGGUGUACACUGUCACUUACACCGCCGAUGAAAAUGGGUUUCAGCCGCAAGAGCACGUCGACCAGGGGCAGGGACAGCAGGGACAACAGUACCCGCAGUACCAGCAAUAAACACUAACAGACUACAUUGAUCAUUGGUGAAGCUUAUCUCGUUGCAUUAAGGGUCAGGAAUGGUCAGUUUA